AAAUAAACAGAAACUCAUUUUCACUUCUCAAAGUUUACGGCAGGCAGUGCUCUACCAGUCCUUCACACAAGUAAUGGCUGCAUCUCCCUCGAGCCCCCUCUCCCCCCUCGCCCCUGAUGUCGAGAUACUAUUUGAGAGCUACCUACAGAAAACACCUCCACUGGACAAACUCUUUGUGAAAUGGAAGAAGAGGUGGUUUGUUCUGUCCAGGACUAAUCCACAUGAUCCCAACAGCAUUGAUCUGUCAUACUACAAUGACCGAACAAUGAAGGAGAAAAGAGGAACAAUAAAUCUUGCAAAGUUUAUCGGAAUACGUCCAAAUGCCAAGAUCGGUCAUAAAGAGAACGUGUUUGCCAUAGAGACUCAGGAGAGAAAGUUUAUUCUAAGAGCCAGCGAUCAAAGGACUAAGAACAUAUGGCUAGCUAAACUCUGCGAGUUUUGCGGACAAGAACCCGUCUAUCACGUACACAUACCAACACAACCUUCUGCUGAAAGUGGAGAAGGAAUAUUCAAAUUCAAUUCUCGUGGAUCGAUAUCAAUAAUCUCACCUAGCGACAGUCACUCCCUCCUUGAAGUACCUCUGAAGGACAUCAGGCGAGUUGGAUCCAUGCUCAUCAACAACAGGGACAUACUCUGGAUUGAGACUUGCAGGUCUUGUAAGAAUUCCAGUGAAUUGGACCAAUUCAUAUUCUUUGUGAUAUCGUCCGGGGCCUACGCCCGCCAGUCUUUGGUACGAGAGUUAAAAAUAAUGACAGAGAAGGCGACUGGAGUAUUCCUAAUCCUCGAGGAGACCAGUCCUACAGAAAUGGCAUAUAUUUCCCGGAGUCAUUAUGGCUGUCCCUCAUUCCCAGUGAUGGCUAGGAACAGGAUACUCUAUGGUGGGCUGAUCCCCUCAGGAGCUACACUCCACUCUCUAAUGGCAGCUGGGGAUGUAUUGAGGAGACCCAGUGAACCCAUAAUGAAUGUGGGCGUGUCACUAGAAGAGAUAGCUACAAAACCAAGUAGGCGUGGCACUAUAGGGUCCUCUCCUACUACACCAUACCCACCAGGUAGGCCAGUCCUCUCUCGUGGUCCUACGUCACUGGAUCGGUUUAGGAAACCCAGUUUAACCUCCAUGAGCUCUCAGAACUCAACGGACGGUACCGGCAGUGAAGAGGUUCACACUCCUCUCUCCGAUGGAGUGUUUGAUCCUCCUGUUCUUUCUCCUCUCAAGCGGAAACUCUCUCAAAAGGAUUCCCUCUCAAGCCAUGGAUCAUCAACUGGUUCUCAACCUAUUCCCGAGGAUGAGGAACUCUCCCUGUCCAAUUCAAGACGUCUUUCCAAGUCUCGUCCUGACCUUCAUCGUCCAAAUGUACCACCUCGGUCUCCAGCGUCCCUCAAACUGAGGUCAACCACACCCUCUGCACUGUAAACCCCACCCACUCACACUGAACAACUCAUGCAAAAGAAACAGUAACAUAUUGUAUCAUAAAAUACCUGAUAAAUGAUAAUAUUAUUAUAAUUAUUAAUUAAAUAAUGUUGUUUUUGUACAUACUUUCAUUUUUCCACAAGUAACAUUAUCAUCAAGGCAUUCAGUUGUUACAAUCAA